UUUGGGGUUACGUCGCAGUUGUGGCUUAGUCCCAAGGUUGUUAGCGAUGGUAGUCCGUUAUUGAAUAACGCAUUAAAUCUGAAAACGCAGCCGACGUGUUAAAGAUGACUGGCUGGAGGAGUGAAAAAAGUGUGGGAUUUUUUCUUUUUCCAGUCUAAAAAGAAAUCCAGUAGAACCCAGUAUUUUCAAGAUGUGCUAAAUAACCAUGCUUUUAUAGAAGAAUGAAAGAUUUACAAUUAGGUGACGGUUAAAAUAUAACUACACUGAAGAAUUAUGAAGUGGGUCUGUGCGGUGCUGAUGAGAAAAAUACACUAUCAUGUCUGGAUGUGUUCAGCGUUGGUUCCAAAGAAGCAAAUCAGUUCAAACAUUGCUUUAUCUGUACUGUAGAUUGAUGUCACAGCACAAGCCUCGGAAUGUUAUAGACUCUUACAAGCUACUUAAACUUCAGGAAGGGUGUUCAUUGGAUGAUGUUAAAAAAUCAUUUUUAGAGCUUGCUAAACAAUACCAUCCAGAUAGUGGAUCAGUGACAGCAGAUUCUAUUUUUGUUCAAAUCGAAGAAGCAUACAGAGUUGUUGUUAAUGAUAUGGCCAAGAAAUAAAAUCAAGAGAUAAAGAAGAAGAUGAUGAAGAUGACAAAUUGAAAUCUAAAGCUGUUCACAUAGACAAUAUUUAAUUUCGAAGGUAUUGGUUUUGGUACUCCAAGUCAAAGAGAAAGGCAGUUACAGUUCAGAGUUGAUAGAGCUUCUGAGCAAAUCAUGGAAUAUCGGACAGCGACAAAGGAGAGACAGCUAGCUAUGGAGAUGUUAUGCUAGCUAAAGAUGUAAAGCCAAAGUAAAAAUAAAAUAACCCAAGCAAUUGAACGCUUGGUUGAAGAACUCAUUCAAGAAUCCUAUGGCAAAGAGGCCUUUGAUAACCUAACUGGUAAAGGAAAGCCAUUGCAAAAAUUUUCAGGACUGUCUGGCACCCAACGAAUUGAUCCUAUGACACACCAUCUGAAUAGGAUCUGA